AUGUCUUCCCAACACUCUGCUGCCAACUCUCUUCCUCGUGAAGAACAAAGCCCUCUUACCGAAGUUGGUAUUCCCUCUCCUGUUCUGAAUGAACAGACACAUCUCACCGAAAUUGGUGACAUUUCUCCUCUCCUUGGAUCCACCGCUCUUUCCAUCGAUGGUGAUAUUGAAAUGAUAUACACCAGUCUUGAUUCCUUGCCACCUCUUUCAGUUGUUGGUUCUGUCCCUCCUACUCCUGUGCCUACCGUCCCAUCAGCCAUUAAUAGCAACACUAGUAGUUCCAUCACUUUGGAAAUGUUGUUAGCUUCUGCGAAGGAAGACCUUAGCAUAAAGAAGAACAACUUUUAUGUGGCUUAUGCUAACUAUGUGGCUCUUUCGAAGGUCAACCCCAUGUCAGACGCGGCCAGACAUGCUUCUUCCAUUAAGAAGGAAGCUCAAGAAUUGUUUGAGGAUGCCCAGAAGACCCUCAAGGUGCUUGAAAAAGCCAACGCCCCUCCUGCUAUUCUUGAAGACAAGAAGAGCAUGGUAGUCCCUAGCAACUUACCUUUCUUGCAGCUCUGCACGGAAACCAGGGUGAAGCAAAAUCGUGACGUGUUUGACUCUGUGUACGAUUUUUGCCAAGAAUUCACUAUGGUUUUAGAGUCUCAUUCCCUGUCCUUGGACUCAUGCUGGGAGCGUCUGCUUCCCAUAUGCCUGAACAAGGAGGAAAGAUCCUGGUUUGAAGACAAACUAAAGGGAAAGGCGUACAAAAGAUUUCUGAACAUGGGUCGUGUGUGGAAAAUGAUGCAGAAGAAAGGUGAGUCAGUUCGUGCGUUUGGAGCUAAAUUUCAAACAGCUAGAAGACAAGCGUCCUUGGAGGAUGGUAUCCAGAUGGUUCUUUGUUUCUGGUGGAACUUGCGCCCGGAAGUCCGGGAAGCAAGCCUGAUCCCAUUGUCGGCCAACUAUGGCACCAAACUGCCCUCCAAAGUGGAGGAUAUAAUCUCGUUAGUCAGUGUAGCCACUAGCGAUUCCACGGCCCUACUCAACCAACCUGCGGAGUCUGGCACCCCUGCCAAAUGGAAGUCAUUUUCCGAUGCCCAUAGCAUCUCCUCUUCAAUAAGCCACAAGGGAAAGAAGAGAGCUAUUGCCAGGGACAAUGAUCCUAAGCACGCCAAGAAGUCUUGGAAUUUUAAGAAGGCAAUCAAAGAUAAUGUUUGCUUUUCUUGCAAAGGUGCUUGGGAGAAGGGUCACACCUGUCCUGAAAGGGAUAAUUACUUGACAAAGGUGUCAAGAAUGGCUGUGCGCUCACCUGCUGAUAGAUCAGUAGCUUCCUCCCCUGCUUGUGGUGGUUUCCCCCCUUCUCGUGAUAGUCAUUUCUCUGUUCGUGGCAACUCUUCCCCUGUUGGUAGUUCCUCAACGUCGUGGUUGAUGGACCAAGAUAACACAAGUGCUUUGGCCAAGAUGGCCUUGAAUUGUAAGGACAAUCAUAAAGACAUGAUCAUUAAAAAAGAUUUUAAGAACAUGAGCACUAAUAUUACCUUCUCCAUUCUGGCAAAUAAUUCUAUUAGAACCAUCGCCUUGUUGGACUGUGGCGCCACAUUCAGUUCUGUGGAUAAGAAUUUUUGUUUACAGAAUAAAAUAUCUAUUAAUUAUGUAAAUCACAUCAACAAAGAUUUAGUGAACAAUUCCAAUGUUCAUAAGUAUUUUAUUCGUUUGGCUGAUAGCAAUACACAUAUUAAAAGAAUUGGCACUUGUGUGAUCAGUAUAACUUGUAAUAGUAAGACUAUUCAGAGAGAAUUUGAAGUGAUGAACUUAACUAAUAGUUAUGAGUAUGAUUUCAGUAUUGGUACUGAUUAUAUGUCCACUCUGGGUAUUGGUAUUUAUGGUUUACCUUUAUCAUAUGAUGAUGCUGAUUCAAGUAAGGAACGUAGAGAAGCCGAUAGAUGCUUCAAUAAUAAGAGUGAUCUUCUUGAAUCCAUUGAGAGAGAAAAUGAACAAAAGGAAAAUAAUCCGGCUGUAGGUCCCAAACAGUUUGAGGAUGCUAUGGAUUAUAUUUGUCCAUUCAUUAAAGACAAUCAAGAUAUUCCUAAGGGUUCGUUUUGUACUAUACCUGAAAGUGUUGUAUGUUUGGACACUCCAGAAAAUGCUACAGCGUUCAGAAGCCCUUAUCCCAUUCCUUACAAGAUGCAAGGUGUAGUGGAUGAACAGGAAUACUGGCAAAGAAUUGGGGAAGCACCAGAAAGUAUCAAAGACAUCAACAAAGCCAAUAAAAGAUUAUUGAAGGAUAUGAAAGUCGUAAAUUCCAUACCCAAAGAAAAGUCAGGUAUAAAAAGAAAGAACUAUGCAAAGACAGCUUUGCAAAAGAAGAAACGCAGUAAGGUCUAA